CGCUUAGAUAAUGCCAUUUUGGUAGGCCUGACACGGUGGGAUCAGUUUUCGCCUCGUGGAAAAAGUAUUCUGCGACCUGUAUUUAUUACUUUGCAUUUAGGACAAGACAGUUACUUUGUUGAAGUCGUAUAAUUUCUUUAAUCGGUGUAUGAACUUUUUACGUAGAGUCGUUUUGUUGGAUAAGUCAUCGGGGGAUCGUACGCAGUUUUCAUUAAGCGCCACAUUUUUACUGUCGUCGUCCGGUGUUGACGACACAGAUCUCCGUUCCAACGAACAAAGGAACAGUAAGGCCGAUGCAUGCUCUGAAGCGUAAUCUCAAUUAAACCAUUUGAGUUCAAUUUUGAAGUGAAGCCCACUGUAACGUUUUUUUUACUUGUCACGAUUUAAGACGUGCUUGCCUCAUUUUGUACAUACCAAUUAGCCCGACUCAUUCAGUCCCGUUAGCAGCAUAAGCUAAAGUUAGCUGUACUUGUGGACAGCAAGCGAGCUAACUGCUAACUUUAGCAUUGUUUUGAUUCGGGAAAGAGACUGUAUUUGGUGUGAAGAUGGCCGAAGUGUACAUUCGCGUGGCAGAGGAGGAAAAUGAGGAACCCAUGGAGAUCCCCUCCGAGGAUGAUGGCACUGUGUUGCUGUCAACCGUGGCGGCGCAGUUUCCAGGGGCGUGCGGCCUGCGGUUCAGGAGUCCAGUGUCCCAGUGCAUGAGAGGAGUGCGGCUGGUGGAGGGGGUCCUGCAUGCGCCAGAGAACGGAUGGGGGAAUGUCGUGUAUGUGGUGAACUAUCCAAAAGAUAACAAAAGGAAGAUGGAUGAAAUAGAUGCCUCCUCUGCUGUGAAAAUGAAGAGAGGGGAUAUGAAAACAUCUGACCUGAUUGUGUUGGGUCUCCCAUGGAAAACAACUGAGCAGGACCUUAAGGACUACUUCAGCACAUUUGGAGAAGUAAUCAUGGUUCAGGUAAAACGAGAUGCCAAGACUGGAAACUCAAAGGGAUUUGGCUUUGUGAGGUUCACAGAGUAUGAGGCACAAGAAAAGGUGAUCUCACAACGACACAUGAUUGAUGGGAGAUGGUGCGACUGCAAGCUCCCUAACUCGAAGGUGAAUAUGCAAGGUCCAGAUGAGCCAUUGAGGAGCCGAAAAGUGUUUGUAGGCCGUUGCACAGAAGAUAUGACAACUGAUGAUCUACGACAGUUCUUUAUGCAGUAUGGAGAAGUUACAGAUGUCUUCAUCCCCAAACCAUUCCGAGCUUUUGCGUUUGUCACAUUUGCAGAUGAUCAGGUUGCCCAGUCUCUGUGUGGCGAGGACCUAAUUAUCAAAGGCGUCAGCGUUCACAUUUCAAAUGCUGAGCCCAAACAUGGCAAUAGGCAGUUUGACCGUACAGCACGGUUUGGGAAUGGUUUUGGUGCUCAAGCAUUUGGAAGCAGCCGUAGUGGGUUAGGGAGCAGUACCAACAGUAGCCUGGCUAAUUUUGGUUCCUUCAGUCUGAACCCUGCUAUGAUGGCUGCUGCUCAGGCUGCUCUACAGAGUAGUUGGGGGAUGAUGGGCAUGCUGGCUAGCCAGCAGCAGACAUCUACUUCAGGCAGCACCUCCAGUGGAACAAGCUCUAGUAGGGACCAGAGUCAGUCCUUCAGUACAGGAAACAGCAACUAUGGCACCAGCUCAGCCAGCCUCGGCUGGGGAACAGGGUCAAACUCAACAACCAGUGGUAGUGGGUUUAGCUCAGGGUUUGGGUCUAGUAUGGAGUCAAAGUCAUCUGGGUGGGGUAUGUAAGUUAAGUGUUUGUAUGGUAAGUAUUGUGAGAAAGAUGAGUCUUUUCAAAGUUUAUUUCUGGUGUUAAUGCGUAUCUGAAUACUUAACAUUUUGUGGAAGAUGUUUUGUACAUUUGGAAAAAAAUGCUAAGAUUUAAUUUAGAAAGUGUUGAAGUGAAUUGUUUACCAGGAUGUCCGACUAAAGUGCUAUUUUUGAUGUCUCAUUCGUUUGUUUGUAUCCAUUUCAACUGGAUUCUCUAAUGCAUGUAUUGUGAAAUGUGAUAUAAUCAUUUUGAAGAUGCAUGAAUGUUUGUGGUUCACCAUUAUCCGGAUUUUCAUCUCCUUAAAGGCAAUCUUGCAUUGAGAAGAAUCUGGUUGAAACCUAAAUGUUUUAAGUGCAACUUUAUUUGCAGUCAAGUUCUGUGGAAAAGCCUUCAUUGAAAUCUCUUCUGCAGUUCACCUCUCUUCCAUUUUCCUGUGAGGAAGCUCCUCUUUGGCAGCAUUCUUGGGGUGAAAUCGGUAUCAUUCUCCCUCUUCCCACCUGUAAAUGCUAUGCCAUCAAAGAACGGCUUCACUCCGCAUGUUCUAAGAGACGGGACCUUGGGCUCUGCUGGUCGAGGUCUCCGUUUGAACCCUGACUGAAGUCUGUUCUGAAGGACGAAGAUGGAAGUUCCAACACUUACAGUGUGUGGCCUUCUCAGACAUGACAUGGGGUAGUACCUGUCUUUUUGCUGCUUUUGAUAGCUUGUCGGAGUAAAUGAUCCCUUUUGAUUGACACCAGGUGUAAGUCCUUGUGCAGGUGUUUGUUUUGAUUUCAAUCUUGAUGAACUUGGCAAUAUGGCAUCAUCUCUUCCAACAGUUUUGUCCUUUAUUUGGCUAUUACAACAACUGAUGGCAUAUUGCUGAGUCUUGGAUUGUUGACUGAGGUUUUAAGAUGCUUUAUACACCCUAGGUAUUGCCUGACCAUGUAUGCUAGGUGUUCCCAUAUUUUUAAAUAUCUGUAGAUUUUGACAGGUCAUACAGUAGGUAAUUUCUCACUCCCUUCUUACAGUUAAAAUCUACUUCAGAGUCAGUGCCCCUGAACUAGUGUUAUCAAAUCUACUUUAUUUUCUUUUCACCAAAUCUUUACCAACUGUACUGUAAUUCAGCAUUUACAUUUUUAGAUCCAAAGGCAGGUAUUUUGUGCUGAAAUUUGCAGUAUAUACAAAUCUACUUUACUGUAGCUUAUGCUAUGUGUCCCCGCAUACAGUAACUGGAACUAAGGUCUCUGCAUUAUUAAUGCAGCAGAAUCACUGUGGCACUUAGACAUUUGAUUCAUUGUUGUGUAGAAGCCUUUGUCUAUCUCAAUGUUGGGCAUUAGGUGAGACACUGCAGGCCUGCCUGUGUUUUUAUUCUCUGCUCUCCUCCUCAGUGUCUCUACUCUUCCUCUUCCCAGUGCUCUUCUUUUUCAAAUCCCUCUGCUCCUGGUUCAGUUCUUCACUUUUAUUUUGUAUGUAGAUGGACUGAAAUAAAUAAAAGGAAAUGGAACAUUACAUUUGAUGUUUGCGUUGACUGACAGCUGUUGCAAAUGUGUUUGACAUGGUGGUUCUGAAGUUACUAAUAGUGGUAUUUAUCACCAAAUCUUGGUGAAUCAUUUUAUAAAGUGAUCAUAAACACAACUCACCAGUGCAGUACUGCGACGAGCUACAAGUUUUACAUCAUCUGUAGACACAGUGCUUCUUUUUGCAUGCCUGAAAUAAACAUGAGAUUGUCAAUCAGGCACGUCUGUAUAUGAUGAGCUUAAGGGUAGUUAUACAAAGGUUAACUUUAAAAAAUUAUACAUACACAUACUGAAUGAAAGCAUAAGGUUACCUUGCAAAAGCCUCCAAGUCUUUGGCAAAUAUAUCUGAAAAAUGAUAAAGGCAACUUAAAACUCACCAAUAGUCAUCUGAUGUGAAAUUGGUUUCAUGUCACUUUAUUUUGAUAGAUUAAAUGACUAUCUUAAAGAAUCAUGAACUGAGUCCAGCAACCCAGUAAAUACUAUUUCUGUCUUAUUUUACAGAUUAGCACUAAGACUUAUCUUCAAGUAACUUUUUAGGUUUGUGUUUGAAACUCAAAAGGUACUUAAACUGAAUAAUCCAUUUGUAGAAAAGUUUUAAAGAAUAUAAACAUUGAUUCAGUAAGUAAACAGAAGACAAAGGGUGGAUAGAAGAUAGAGGGGUUUUUAUGUGAUCUGGAAGGAAAAGUAAUACUGAAAACAGGCAAACACAAUAAGCUUGAGUACUAGGGAAAUGGGACAGGAUGUGUACGAUGUGGAUGAUGAGAUGUGGCCACGUAUAAAAAGUCUUGUCUCAGUUUAUUUGAAUAAAACUUUCAAAAGCUCAGGUAAAGGAAAAACAAAACAAAACAUUAGAUUCCAGGACCCUGGUGGUGCGUUCUUCCUCAUUUGACAAGUGAAAAUAUCUCAGGGUUUUGGACUGAUGGUGUCCCGUUCAUGGAUGUUAAAUAUGUCAUUUAUGUCAUGAUGUUUGACUGGAAUGAUUUUGGUUCCAAUUAGGAUGAUUUUAUGUACAAGAAUUAAAAUAAAGCAUGAUUUACCAUAA